UCUAGUUAAUGCGAGCCUAACAUCACCCUGCCAGGCUAAAACCAAAUCGUCUGCAGGAAAAUGGGUUGUCAUUACAAGUCGACCAAGGGACGUCGCCGAUCAGUGACCAGAUUUUCGGGAGAUGACUCGUGACCCGCUAAAAUAACCUGACGAGAUGACAACUUACCUUCGAAUCGUCCGCACAUUUCCUACGACUAUAUAGUUUGAUGAUACCCCUCUUUCCUUGACCUCAUCACUCCAUCGUAUCAGUGCAGCAGAUGCCCCCGCAUGUGUUCAUGCGAUUCACAGGGACUAUAGGCUCCUCAAGCUGAACUCAUCACAGUGGAUUCUUUUAUGUUCUCAUGACUUGAUGCGAGAGUCCCUUGGCGUCCGGAUUGUAUCAGUUGUGCACAUCACAGGGACAUACUUGUAGUUGAAUCGAAGGUUGCAACAUUACGAAUAGAAUCUCUUUGUCAGGUCUGGAGCAAUCAGAAUUGAGUAAUAGAUGGCUCGGUGAACGUUUGGUAAGAAAUCGUCUCCUACGGCAAAAUUGUUGCACUCGGUGGUUGAGCACCACGCUUGUCACGAAUCUCGUGAAAGUUGGUCGCUGGUUUGGAUCCUAAUCGAUGGUUACUGCGACAAACAAAGCAGCCAUGGGAACUUAUCUACCUGUCAAGCUCUACCACUCUCUCGUGGCUUUUCUCCUCCUUACGUCUUCGUGGAACUUCUGCCAUGCAGCUCGACAGCUCCAGGAUUCCGUGUUUGCGAGCACGAAGCUUGUGGGGUCCAGUUUUGUACAAACAAGCGGCCAGAGAUUUGUGUUGAACGGGAAGUCAUUGUUCGUGAACGGUGUCAAUCUCUACUAUUUGAUGACUCGAGCAUCAAUGCCCGAUUCUAAACAUCUUGUGAACGACAUUCUCCAAGAAUCAGCCAGUGUCGGUGUCACAGUUGUUCGUACAUGGGCAUUUGCAGACGGCGACAGCGAUCAGCACUACCUCCAAGUGCGACCAGGUGUUUACAACGAAGCCGUGUUUCAGGGACUCGAUUAUACGGUGUCAGUGGCCAAAAAGCUUGGAAUCCGGUUGAUUCUGAGCCUUGUGAACAAUUACGCCGACUACGGUGGACGACCUCAGUACGCAUCAUGGGCACAACGAUAUGCUGGAAAAUGGAAUGCUAAAGCUGACGAUUUCUACACAGACGCAACUAUGCGUGGAUGGUACCAGAACCAUGUGAAGACAGUGCUAACGAGGGUCAACACAAUCACGGGAGUAGCUUACCGAGACGAACCUGCAAUUUUCGCUUGGGAGCUAAUGAACGAGCCCCGCUGCGAGUCGAAUCCUAGUGGGUAUUCUUUGCAGCAAUGGAUACGGGAAAUGGCUGCUUACGUGAAGUCUCUGGACAAAAAGCAUCUGCUAGAGGUUGGACUGGAGGGCUUCUACAGCUCCGUUGUGUCUCCGAACUCUGUCUCCUCACAGAGCGCCAACCCAGCUACUUAUGCCGCUCGAUUUGGAACCGACUUCAUCCUCAAUAGCCAGCCCGACAAUGUUGAUUUCACGACUGUGCACUCCUAUCCUGAUAACUGGAUCCCCAACCACUCAGAAGAUCAGAAGAGAGCUUUCAUGGCCUCGUGGGUAAGGACCCACAUCAAUGACGCCAAAUACAGGUUAGGGAUGCCGGUUUUGUUCGCCGAAUUUGGUAAGUCGGACCGCACGCCAGGCUACAGCGAGAGUGUGCGAAUCACCGCGAUGACUGACAUGUUCAACGCCGUCUAUGCAUCUGCAAGAGACGGAGGCCCUGCCGCAGGCGCACUGGUCUGGCAAUUUGUACCCAAGGCCCUCAAAUCGUCGCUUCAAGAUGGCUACGCAAUGGUUCUGAAUGAGAGCCCAGCCGUGGCGUCUCUCAUGCGCAUGCAAGCUUCCCGGUUGUCAAAUCUGUGGUGAGCAAUGUUCCAAUCCGUGGCCGCAGUCCCAGAUAUCUUGCUUCUAGGAUGGAAGUACACUGCUGUCGAAAACAUUCCGCUCGCAGACAGCCGUGGAAUAGCAGAAGAUUACACUUUACUCAGCUCAUCUCUCAAGAUUGGAUCUCUGCAUUGUUUUUACUAAGUUUUGUUAGAUUUUGACUCUUGUUUUCGCCACAAGUAAUCGGUUAUGGCUCAGACUAAGUUGCGCCAUCUCUACGUUACACCAAGAGUAUGCAGAUAGGGAAUUCAUACGUUUCGUAGUUUCAUGAUACCCAGAUGGAUGAAAGGUUGAACAGUGAGCUCCGAACCGCUCUCUGCCCAUCUCCUUCUUGAGGUUUCGCCUGAGUGAAGCUGCCUGUAAUUAGUGAUACUAUGAUUUAUGUCAGCUUCUCUACGGAACUCGUAGAAUCGCAGGAGAGUUGAAUGUAAUUGACAUUUUGAGGGAAGAGUGUGAAAGAGUUGUACGUGACUAGAACUGGAUGGGUUAGGUCUUCGUUCACCUGGAGAAUUUUUUUGAAGAGUAAUGUUUGUCGCAAUAUAUUCGUAUGCGUUGUACUAAAUCUUCAAUGAAUUUGAACAAGUUUGUUUGAGGAUUCACACA